UAUGCCUCAAUACAGCUGAGAUUCAAACAAAACAAAAGAAGGACUGAGAUACAGCUGAUGAAUGUGAGCCCAAGCCUGGGUGUUAGUGUCACAGGGAAAUCACCAUGCCUUGACCAUGUUCUUUCCCAGCUUUGAACGCCAACAGUUCUUAACAUGGUGAUGCAGAUGCUUCAAAGCCUUAUUAAGAAUGUUUGGGUCCCCAUGAAGCCCUACUAUACCCAAGUUUACCAGGAGAUUUGGGCAGGAAUGGGGCUGAUGGCUUUUAUCGUUUAUAAAAUCAGGAGUGCUGAUAAAAGAAGUAAAGCCUUGAAAGCUUCCAGUCCUGAGCCUGCUCGUGGUCAUCAUUAACAAGCUCUCCUUGGAUGGGACGUCGGUCUGGCUGUGUUGUGGGAACGUGGGACAUCGGGUUGACUUGCAGCAGUGCCGCUGCCCUUGGGCAUGAAUAAACGUACCUGUGAGACCC